CAGAGAAGCAGUCUGGCUCUGGCAAAAGGCCAGGCCACAAUGAAAUACCGACAGUCUGUAGACAUUCGACUGGUAAUACUACACGUGGAGAACGGAAAUGAAACAGUGUAAACAUUAAUAGCAUUGGCAGACAGGAGCAGAGGGAUUCGAUCUGCUAUUUAUGACUGCUCAGGGGCGGGGCUAAAGGAGCAUUGGAUUCCCACAUUCUCUGUGUGUGGGAAGAAAAGCACAGUAUAUUAAGGUUGAAGGAUUCAGAGCUGGGCAAAGGUCUUGGAAGCAUCAUGGAGAGCCAUAAGCAAGGGCAGACUUUGCAGAUAGGGAUGGAGAGGUUAAAGGAGGAGCCGAGUGCAGAACCAGUGCCUCCUCAGAGCAGCAGCUGUUUGAAGAGGAGCAAUGUCCUGGUGUCUAUGGUGAGCUUAGUGACUAUCAUCUCCACCUGUUUGCUCUUCUUCUUUAUGUUUGGACCAGCCUGUGCCCAGGUAAGCUUCUCCCAUUCUGUAAGUGACACAGAUGAAUCUGUUCAUGAAUUUAAGUUUUAUCAAUACUCUUUCUGUAAUUUAAAGAAAGACAUACAACCCACAGCAAGUGCUGCUAGAAAAAUCCAUAACAGGUCCUGGCUUCAAGAAACCAAACAACACUAUGAAAUCUUUCAAGCAAAGAAAUAUUGUAAAUACCUGAUCCAUGGCUGGCUGAGGCAGAGCACAAAUGAUCACAGUGGGGAUGUGCAACUUGUGCACAGGGACGACUCAAAAAACAGCACUCUACAGACAGAGAGAUCUAAAUCUGUUGUUUUCUUUGGCACUGAAGUUCAGCUCUUCAAGACCAGCAGUGUCCAUCUGCAUUGUACAUCCCAGCUCACAGAUGGCUACUUCUUUAUCCAUGAACUGUCAGAGUUCUGCCCUGGCGACUAGCAGCCCAUGAAACAUUGAGUUUAACUGGAUACUGCUAUUAAGACAGUAUCAUAAAGAAAUCACAAAGAGAGCAGACCCUCUUCCUUCUGCACUGAUACCAGUCAGGUAACAUUAAGGAUGUAUGGUUGGGGUUGGGUGUUCAGUGGUUGUAAAGGUUUGGGAGGUCAAAAAGUUGUUGUCUCAGAGUGCUUUGAAUCCCAUUUUAUUUACACGUGUCAAUGUGCAACAUUGACCCAUAUUUGGGCAAAUAAUUAA